AUGGUGGUGACGGCUGUUAGAGGGGAUGGCGGGCCCGGGAAGCUCAUCGCGGUGAUCGGAGAUGAGGACACGGUGACUGGCGUCCUGCUGGGUGGCAUAGGAGAAUUCAACAAGAACCGCCUUCCGAAUUUCCUGGUGGUGGAAAAGGAUACAACCAUCAACGAGAUCGAAGAUACUUUCCGGUUGUUUCUGAACCGAGACGACUUUGGCAUCAUCCUCAUCAACCAGUACAUCGCUGAGAUGGUGCGGCACCCGCUGGGCGCCCACCAGCGCCCCAUCCCGGCUGUCCUCGAGAUCCCAUCCAAGGAGCACCCCUACGACGCCACCAAGGACUCCAUCCUGCGUAGAGCCAAGGGCAUGUUCACUGCGGAAGACCUGCGUUAG